AUGGACGUUAGUCUCGACCAAAGACCCUCGGAGGUCAGCCGGACGUCUUCAGAGAGCUCUGUACCCCUUUUGCCUACGUCCAAUGAAGCCUCACCAGCACUCAGUGGAGUUCAGCCGGUGCUAAUUCGACUAUACACAUCUCAUUUACUCUCAGCAUGGAAUUCACGGAUGUUUGAGUUCGGUGCUGUUUUAUUCCUGGCCUCUAUUUUUCCUGGCACGCUACUCUAUGCUUCGAUCUAUGCGCUUGUUCGGGCUUUAUCUGCCAUACUACUGUCAUCUUGGUUGGGUGCACUAGUCGAUAAGUCGGACCGAUUGUCCGUUCUCCGGCAAUCAAUCAUUUGGCAAAGAGUUCCUGUGGCGAUUUCUUGUCUAUGCUUCGUGGUUCUCCCAAUGACGAAAAGUUGGGGUAUGACUUUGGUCUUGUUUGUUGUACUGGGCUUUCUUGCUUGCCUCGAGAAGUUGGCCGCCACCGCCAAUACGGUGGCAGUUGAGCGUGAUUGGGCUGUUGUCAUUUCGGACAGCAUCAAAGUGCCUCGGCAAGAAUUGAAUGCAUCGAUGCGACGUAUUGAUCUUUUUUGCAAGUUGAUCGCACCGGUGUUCAUCUCUCUUGUUGACAGUUUUUCCACUCGUGUUGCUAUCUGGACCGUCCUAGGCCUGAAUACUGUAUCGGUGCUUGUUGAGUACAUCGCCAUCGCGCAGGUAUAUCAAUCAGUUCCAGCCCUGAAGAGAACCACAACUUCACAGAGAGGAAAUGUCGACGACGAAGCUUCGCAAGCAAACCGCCGCUCAUGUCAAACAAUUGGGAACUCUCUACGCGGGACCAUUGCUCCCUGGAAAGAAUACAUUGCAAGCCCUGUAUUCUUGCCAUCCUUCGCAUUGAGCUUGCUCUAUAUGACUGUCCUCUCAUUUGGCGCAACCAUGGUCACAUAUCUACUCCAUAGCGGCUUCAAUCCUUUGGAGGUCAGUUGCAUGCGGAUUGGCUCGGUUAUCGCUGAAGUUUCUGGCACAUGGACCGCUCCCAUGAUUAUGAACCGGAUAGGUCCCAUUCGUUCCGGUCUAUGGUUUUUGAACUGGCAGUUCUGUUGUGUGGCUGGGACAGCCUUUGCAUUUACUCUUUGGGACUCAAAUUCGAAAUUAGUUGCGACAAGUUUGGUUCUUGGUGUUGCCCUGAGCCGGAUUGGACUCUGGGGAUUCGACUUGUCAGUCCAAUUUUUAGUACAGGAGAAUGUUGGUGAAAAUGCUCGAGCUCGAUUUUCCGCCACGGAAAUGGCUCUACAAAACAUCUUUGAGCUACUGUCCUUUGCAUCCACCAUUGUGUGGUCUCUUCCCGGACAGUUCCAGUACCCGGUGAUGAUCAGCGCUGGAGCUGUGGCAAUGGCGGCCGUCUGCUUUGCAGCCUAUGUGCGCAAGGAACGAGGCCAUUUGCUGCACCGAUCAAAGUGUUUGGGAGGCGACAAGCAUCCAGGAUAUCAGCAAGUUGGGCCCGCAGUUUGA